AUACAACCACAAACCCUCUUGUGUGUGUGUGUGUGUGUGUAUGCCUGCCUUCCCUAGAGAGAGCCAAAGGACAAGUUAUUCUUUUGUGCUGUGUGAGAAAACCCAAAAGAUAAGAAAAAAUAAAAAGACAUUUCUUCUUGGGUCUGCAGAACUUAAUCCGUCUGCUCUGGCCAGCGCACUAGUAUUCUUUGAUAGAUAGUAGUCAUCCUCCUUACUCCUUACAACUCCUUGGAAGGUGGGGCUGCUGUGGGUGAUUGUUGAGUGUUGGGUCCCUCCCUUCCCAUAUGUCUCUUUUGUUCCUUUUGGUUUUGCAGUCGAAUAUUGUCUCCCUUGUUCUGUGAAACCCAAAAAUUUCAUUUAUUUUUAUAUAUUCCAUAGAAAUGGAAGUUUCAAAGGUGUGAGCUGGUGGGUUUGUGAAGCAAUAGGGGAAGGAGGUGGAAGUGAAGAUGUCUGCAAAGAUUCUGCAUUCUCUAAAGGAUGAGAACCGGGAUCUCCAUAAGCAAAUUGGGUGCAUGAGUGGAAUUUUUCAGCUCUUUGAUCGCCACCAUUUCCUCGCCGGCAGGCGUAUCAAUGGCCAGAACCACAAGAGACUCUCUCCAGGUGAGAAUUGCAACCACGCAGUAGAACCAAGAACAGUGCAGAAGGCUACCGAAAAAAUUCGAAAAAAGGCGGUGAAAGAGAAACAACGAAACUCCACAGAAUCAUCGAAAACCACUGUUGCUUCUUCUUCGUGUUCAUCUAGCUUUUCGUCUCUUGAACAUCAAAAGGCAGCUGAGCAAGAACCAUCUUUGUCCGGCCAAACCAUUUCCAACGACAAACACGCUCGGGACCUAUCUCUGAACCAACCAAAUGUUUUGAUGCACAUACGCCGGAGAUCUGUUGAUCUGCAAGAUCUUGUCAAAGACUCAAUGUACAGAGAAGCCCGUGGCAUUUCAGUUAAACCUGCAUCUAAAGAUGGAGCCGGUCAUGCAUUGAAGUACAUAGACUCCCCGAGGCCUUCACCAAUAAAAUCCACCAAGACCAGGUUUUCUGGUGGUAACGAGUCAUUUCAAGUUCCUGGAAAGCUUCGGGUCGCACCUUGGAGUUCAAAUGAAGAGAAGGAUGGUGGUACACGUUUUGUACCAAAAGAUGCUCGGAGGUUCUCUUAUGAUGGAAGAGAGUCACGCGAUGCAUCAAAAUCCACCGUAAAACUCAAAGAAGUCCCAAGGCUUUCUUUGGACAGCAAAGAACGUUCCAUAAGGAGGGGUUGUAGCCCAGAAACAAAAGCAAAUUACUUCAUCAAGGAUCUGCAGAGAGAAUAUGGGAACAGCAACAAAAUGCUUGACCUGCAGCAUGAACCUGGAAGCGCUAAAAGACCGUCUAAUGUAGUUGCAAAGUUGAUGGGACUGGAUCUAUCAGAUUCCGUGUCAACCACUGAUAGUCCAUUAAGGCUGAUUAAUACUGGCACAUCUGAUAGAUCUGAUCCCUUCUCAAGAUCAUCAAGAGCAACCACUGAAAACAAGCAAGAUAUUUUUUCCGGAAUACUCCUUGCGAAUGCCAAGAAAGACUUCAGCUCACCCCAGAGGAGAAGUACUGAUUCAGUCAUGAAGCCCACCUCGAAUUCCAAGUUUCCAAUAGAAACAGCUCCUUGGAGGCAGCCGCACAGAAGCAAAGGUUCUCAACGAUCAGCUUUCAAGCAUCAAGAAGAACCGACAAAAGCUCCAAACUCAUCAUCUUCAGUAUAUGGUGAAAUGGAGAAAAGGCUAGCAGAUCUUGAGUUUAAAAAAUCAGGAAAGGAUCUCAGAGCUCUUAAACAAAUACUUGAAGCGAUGCAGAAGACGAAAGGAAUGACAGAUACAAGAAAGGAUCACGCCUUAAAUUUUGCAUCUCCAAUAAGCAACGAAAGCAUUUCCUCUGACAGCACAGUAAAAGCAAGCCAGAGAAAUCUACAAAGUAACAUAUCAGUUCCUGCCACGGCCAAGGGUUCCCAAUCUCCAAAGAGCUAUAAAUCACCCAUCGUCAUAAUGAAACCAGCUAAACUCAUUGAUAAAAUCCACAGCUCUGCUACCAUGGUGGAUUCCAUGAAUGACACGUUAGGUCUUCGGAAGCUUCGGACUAGUGACCCUGGUGAUAACAGAAAGGGAUUGGUCGACAAUAAUACAGCCAAAGAUCCGACACCAAGGAACAGUCAUGUCAGAGAUCCUUUCAAUCGACACCUUCAUUCCAUUGAUGAUAAUUCUAACGCAAGAACUUUGAAAUCUGCACAAAAACCAAAGGCAUCGCAAACUAUGAGUGAAGAACAAGUCAUCAGCUCAAGUAGGAGUUCAAAAAUCACUAGCCCGAAAAUGCAACAGAGAAGACUUGGAUUGGAAAAGCAAUCUCCUCCAAGCACGCCAUCAUUGAAUUCAAGCAUGACCAGAAGACAACACACUAGGCAGUCAUUAGAAGCAACCACCCCAGGUAGAAAACUUGGGCAUAAGACACCCAGUUUGCAUCAAAGUAAUGCGCAACUGAGGGAGACUAGCACCAAGAUGAGAGGGAUGAGUCAUCACGAUGAUUCCACUUCACAGCAAUCUGGAAGCACCAUCAGCUUGACCUCGCACACAGACACAGCCACAAGCGUUCACGAAUCAGAUAGGAUCACAGGCACGCAUUUCCAGCAGCAUAACCAAAAAAUAAAGGUAAGGGUGUCCCACUUCUCAUUCAUUCCUGUAAGUUAUUUCUUAUCUGGGUUGACAGAUGUUCUGUUUUCUUUCCCACAGCACCCAGCAGUGGGGUUGAUUGAUGAUAGGUCAACGGCAGAAACUAGGAAAGCUUCCUCUGAACAACCAAGCCCUGUCUCUGUUCUUGAUUCUACAUUCUAUCGGGAUGACUCACCAUCUCCAGUGAAGAAGAUAUCAAAUGCCUUCAAAGACGAUGAAGCACAAAUUUUGGAUAUAGUAGGGUAUGACCCAAUGAACCAAUCUCUGUUAUCCAACAACACAAUGCCCAGUCCUGGGGCAGAAAUUGAUCAUAAAAGAUUAGAGAACCUGAUUCAGAAUCAUCGAUGCAUGAGCAGGACACACGAGGACCCCAUCACUGGUCCCCUCUGUGACAGUACAAAUCCAGACCACAUGUACAUUUCAGAAAUAUUGCUGGCAUCAGGUAUUCUGGAAUAUCUCGAAUCUCCCUGGACAACCAGUGAGCUCCACACAUCAGACCACCUGAUCAACCCUAAUUUGUUCCUUGCACUGGAAGAUAUCAGAACAAAUACAAUGCCUUCUGAUCUCCAGCCCAAACCUGAUGAGAAACUUCAAAGAAAACUAGUAUUUGAGGUCAUUAAUGAAUUCCUUGUUCAAAAACUAGUGGUGGAAGAUUCUUUGAAGCAGUGGUUCCCACCACACAAGCUGGCAGAUUGGGAACCAAGAAGCCAGCAGCUUCUGAAAGAAUUGUGUUCAGAGGUUGAUCAGCUACAAAGAAAGAACUUGAAUGGCAGCCUGGAUGACGAGGAUGAAAGUUUGAGAAACAUCUUGUUGGAAGAUUUCACGGAUCAAGCAAAGAAUUGGACAGAGUGUGACAGUGAAAUUCCAGGUGUAGUGUUGGAUGUUGAGCGAUUGAUCUUUAAAGAUUUGAUAAAUGAAAUUGUGAAUGGUGAUUCAAUUAGCCUGCAUGGUUGGUCUGGUGGGCAUUGCAGGCAACUGUUUUCUGGGAAGGGGCUGUGCUAACAUUGAUUUCAAAAACUCAAACUGGCCGCUUGGAUGACGAGGAAGGUAGUUUGUGAAGCAUCAUUUCUGAAGUUUUGAGCGGUGGUGACGUAGCUGGUUUGCAUAAUUAGUCUGGUAGGUAUUGCAGGCUUGCCAAGGAGCAGUUGAUAACAUUGAUUUUUUUCUUCUAAAAGAAUUGUUCUAAGUCUUAAUUGUUUCCUUGAUGUCCUUUUCUUCUUUUGUUUUUCUUUUCCAGCUUUGGUUGGAAAGAACAGGAGAGGGGGGAGUAUUUUAUAUACAUUUCACAAUAAUCCUUUAGUUUUAUCUUCUGUAAAGCCACAAAUAACUACUGGUAAAAUUUCAGCUAUUCUCUAACAUGUAAACCUUUGAUAGAGGACAUAGAUCUAUAAUACAAUUAUGGUGUAUGCAUAUUUCCCUUCCAA